AUGGCGGUCUGUACUUAUAACGCACUUACGCUUGCAUCGGAAGCGGCCAUCCAAGGUCUGAUGAUGCAGGCCAAGAAGAUCAAGUACGACGUCAUCGGACUGACCGAGACGAGACGACGUCACCCUCUCAACGCCGUAUAUGAAACUGGAGAAGAACUGUUCUUAGGAACAUGCGACAGUAGAGGUGUUGGUGGAGUUGGCGUCCUCGUCAACACGAGUAUGGCAAAGAACAUCGACUCUUUUGAACAACUUACGACCGGAAUCGGACGUCUGCGGAUGAGAAGAUGUGGCCCAACACCAGCUUUGGCUAUCUUCGUCCCUUACGUUCCAACAUCAAGCUACGAAGAAGAAGAAGUCGAAGCUUUCUAUAUGGACCUGGAGAAGUUCUACCGAGAAGACCAUGCCUUCUACAAGGUCAUAAUUGGCGAUUUCAACGCCAAGGUUGGCCCAAGAAGAACGCCUGAAGAACUUCACAUCGGGACCCACGGCCUACAAUGGAAUGACCAGAGGGAGAGGCUCUCCGAGUUCAUCAUGACGACUAAGACCAUCCAUGGGAACUCGCAAUUCCAGAAGCCCUCCUCUCUACGCUAG